AUGCAUUUUUACAGCAAACAAAAAGUGGUCUAUACUUACAGGAUCCUCCAAACCCACACUGGAUACUUCACUCUACAGGCUAGCUCAGGUGUAGAGGAGAAGUUUUUCAAGACGUUGAAGGAUCUUAUUCGUAAUUACAAGCAAAAGAAUCAAGGACUUGCAACACACUUAUGCCGUUCGCGGAAAAGAAAAACGCUGCAAGAUCAGCCAAUGCAAUGUGCAGAACCACUAGUGCCCAACGAGGAAAAUGACUAUGAAAAUGUUGACUGCUCAGGGGACUAUGUUGUUGUUCUGCCGGACUGAUUUAGUCACAAUGUGACGCUCUGACCGGAUAACUGGAUCAGCUAAUAUGAACGAUUUAGAUGUGCUAUUACAGUUUGCACAUCUAAAAAAUACAGUUGCAAAAUAUAAACUCAGAAUUCCGGGUUUAUAUCUCAUAGUUCUCAGAGUCUAAACCUCACAAUUCUGAGUUUAUAUCAUGCAGUUCUGAAGAAAUGAGAAUUGUGACAAAAAGGUCAGAAUUGUGAGAUAAGAAAUGCA